UGAUACCCCUUUAUUCGCAAAAAAAGAUGUCUAGCCAAAAUUAAUUUUACGAUAAUGAGACAUGUUUCAUCUAAAUAAUGGUUGACCUCGAAUUUUGGCAAUGCCUAUGUAUAUAUUUAAGAAUUACUUCGUUAAGAGUAUAGGAUUGCCAUUGCGUUCUGUUUAAUAAUGAACAUUUUUUGUUCACAUCAACUAUAAACAAGGAUGUGGACUAGCUUUUUUUGUGUGUGUAUAGUUAUUUUUAGGGUAUAUGUCCACUUAUAAUUGCAGAAGGAUUUUUGUUUAAUUGAUGCCUAGAAGACAGGAUACAUUAUGUACAGGAUAAAGAACUCGUUGCUUUGUGUUGGCUGCUCUGAUAACGAAAGUGACUUUGUGAAAGGAACACACGAGACAUUGGUCUUAGAUAAUGGUGAAGCAGAUCUUCACAAACAUAUUACUGUAUGCCGAAAGAAUCCCGGUCACAGAGACUUCAUACCGCUUGAUAAUUUUUCGUUGGAACUUCUUCCUAAGGCCCAUCAGUGCCAUGAGCUUUUUAAAUUGAUCAGCGCUGUGGCUAGUCUCACCGUGAGAGUGGAUGUUCGCAUGGUCAGCCCUAAUAGACCUCAAUUUUGGCCAUAUUCAGAAGUAACGUAUCCAUUUUAUGACAUGAGAGGCAAAUCCAACUUAAGAUUUGGAAGUGCGAAAGUUAGAAGUGUUACAAAAGUGGUACGUGCUUACAACGGCGAAUCCAACCUACGGUGCCCUUGUCAAAGAUGUCAAGGCUCAGAGUCUCCCAGUGAUGUGUGGUGGGAGAUUGAAGUCAUUUCAGCAAGCCAUGUUGUUUUCGAUGACAUCGAAGCUAGUUACACUUCUCUGAGGCUGUUCUAUGAUAAUCAGCACAGUCAAUACCUAACUCUUAACAAAGUCAAUAUGGAUUCAUCUAGUCUUCCUAAUGAUUGGUGCAGGUUGGUCAGUGUUACAUGCGACUCAGGCUUGGUUAAACAACUUACCGCAAGCUUAGAACUCUACUUUGAACAGUGGAAAAAAGUGCAUGAAAAGUACCAGAGAUCUCGGGAUAAGGACAAAUUGACAUUUGUCGUGUCGCACCCUCACGGGUGUCCCAAACAGAUCAGCAUUGGAAAGUGGACAGGGAAAUAUAAAGAGAGUAUGAAAAAGUAUCUGAAUAAAUUUACAUACAAUGCAAGCACCUGCCCAGGAAGUAGUGGGGCACCAGUACAUUGCGUUGGAUACACGGGCUGGUGGUUUUGUCAGCAGGUACAUAGUGGUACGCUAAACACUGGGCUCAAUUACUGCGGGUAUGGGCUAGUUGUGUAAAGAAUAGGCCGUUGUUAGUUUUCUUUUGCUAUAAAAAAUGUCAGGUCCAAAUUGUUAUUUUUCCCUUGCAGGUUUAACGGUUAUGCAAUGGUGUUAGUUGUAGGCUAUUUUUAGUGGUCAGACAAAAAAAAUAGCACAUCGGCAUGGUUAGUCAAGUAUGUAUUUUACACUAUAAAAUAGUUAUACAGGUCAAAUUGUUUCUUAAAACUCCAAAAGCUUUAUUUCUAUUUAAUUGGUUACUAGAUCUAAUUUUUAAACUUUACCGGUAUAAGUAAUUAACAUUGUCCAUUAUAUAAUAAGUUAAUAUAAUUUAAAAAAAAGAGUACCAUUCUUUUCUAAAGGUUUUAAUUGAAGACAAAAAUACAAGUACACAUAGAUCUAUUUAUUUAGAUAUCUUUUUUUAUUUUAUUGUGCAUUAACGUUUAUGUAAGAAACAUAUUCCUUAGUACCGGUACUGAGAUUUUGUAAUGGAUAAAUAUUUCUAGUUCAACCCUGCCCCCACCCCCAAAGCAAAACAAAAUUAUGAAAAGAUUUUUAUAGUUUAAUUAUUUUCCUUUAGUUUAGUUUAACUAUAUUUUGAAAUUCAUGACAAACUCUUAGUUUAACUACUUUAUUUUAGUUGAAAACUAGUUUUAGUUUAACUUUUAAAAGUUAGUUUAGUUCCCAUCACUAACCGCGGUCAACUGUCUUAUUUAUCUGCUGACAGCUACUUUAAUUAAUCUUAAUUAAUCUUUAUAGCACCUCUGUAUUGCCUUAUUCCCUUAAGCUCGCCAAAGAAGAAAGUUUUUGGCAUGUGGUCUUCUUCCAACACGAGCUCGACUCUCGGUUUGAGCUAAAGAAAAAUGUAAUUAUUUUUAAUAUAUAUUUUAUUUUUAUAAAUGUAUUUUUUAAAUGUUUUUCUUUUUUUAAUCUUACUUAGAUAUUAUUUUAUUAAUAUUUUUUUAGUCAAAAGGGUUCGUGAUGGUUAAGUGGUUAAGCGCUUGUCUUUCGAACCUAUGAUCGUGGGUUCAAAUUUCGGUGAAGACUGAUUUAGAAUUUCGGGAUUUUGAGGGCUCCCCUGAGUCGACUCAACUCUAAGGGGUACCGAAUUAGGAAAAUAUGUAAAGGCAGUUGGUCAUUGUGCUGGCCACAUGACACCCUGAUCAUUAACUGUUGUCCAAAGAUCUAGAUGACCUUAUCACCAUCUGCCCUAUAGAUCGCUACGUCUAAAAGUGGAACUUUCAUCUAGUCAAAAUGCAAAUUUAAAAUAAAAAGUUUGCCAAAAUUACCUUUCUAUUUGGUUUCUCUCUCUUCAGAACAUAAACAUAUUUAUAUUUCUGCUUCACUCUCUUUUUCAUUAAUCCUAAAGAGAUCUAAGUUUUCAUGGUGAAGUGAUCAGUCUACACACGGGAAUACAGCUUGAGAUAUAGAUUCUAGUCUGAAUUAAAAGCAUGUAACAUUUAAAUGCCCUUUAUAUAAAUAUAAAUGUACACAUUGAGGGUCAUGUGACAUUCAUGUUGGUCAUGUGACUUCUUUAGUUGGUCUAACUUUUGUUUCCUAUAAAAAUUCCCAGAUGUUUUGUUGAACGAAUAGAUUUACACCAGCGCGCGAAGCCAUCAACAUUUAUAUACAAUGUAACGUUUAAGUGUUAUUUCGUGGGUCUAAAUCUAGUUUAAGCCAAUGUGGGGCACACAAACAAUGAGACUAGCGACCUUGUCCAUUCUUUUGUUUUCCCUUUUUUUGUUGGCGCGACUUGCGCUGACAGGAAGUGUUCCCACAAGACUUUCACCAAUCUGUGUAGUGGUACGACGUACACCUCCACUCUUAUUUGGAAGAGAGAUAGUAGAUUUGUCUUUUUAUUUAAUUAAGCAGCAAUUUUAUACCGAUAUGUAAGAAAAGAAAUGAUUGUAUUUAAAGAGAUCAGUGUAUGAAAAGAAAUGUAUACAAAUCAAACGAUAAAACUCAAAUGCUUUUUAAAAACACAAUCUUAUAAAAUCAUCAGAAGAAUACAAAGAUAUGCGUCUCGUUCUGUAAUGACUUUAGAUCAAGGAAUGUGUUGUGUCUACAUUUAGAUCAUGGAAUGUGUUGUGUCUACAUUUAAAUCAUGGAAUGUGUUGUGUCUACAUUUAAAUCAUGGAAUGUGUUGUGUCUACAUUUAAAUCAUGGAAUGUGUUGUGUCUACAUUUAAAUCAUGGAAUGUGUUGUUUCUAAAUCUGCCUGUAGAUCCAGUGUGUAAACAAAGUUGUAAAUCUUUAAGAUACACGACAAGAUAAACAUAUUUAGACUUGUAGGGCGUAAAACAAAAUAUUAUUUCUUGUCCAUCUACAUUUUUUGUUCUACAUUGCUCAAUUGAUCAUUGACGCAACCUUGUAUUUAUUUGUACAUUUUAUUUUAUUUCUUUUAUCUCGGCCGAUCGCAUUCUUGUCAUUCUAACGCAUUGACAUUAAGCUUAGAAAAGAGU